AUGAGCAUCGAAUUACACCCCUCCGAGCUUGGGUUCCGACGCCCUUUCGAUCGUGAGACCGUUCAGAAGCUCUACAUCAAAAACCCGAAUCCCGGUCCCGUCGCCUUCAAGGUCAAAACAACAGCACCGAAGCAAUACUGUGUCCGUCCGAACUCAGGGCGUAUUGAAGCUGGCCAGGAUGUAGAAGUAGCAGUUCUCCUACAGGCCAUGCGGGAAGACCCUCCCCCAGACUUCAGAUGCCGUGACAAGUUCCUGGUCCAAUCGGUAUUAAUCACAGCGGACCAGGAGUUCGCAAACAUCGCCACAGUCUGGUCGAGUGUUGAGAAACUAGGCAAGGAACAUAUUCAGGAGAAGAAAAUCCGAGUCACAUAUCUCCCAGCAGAGGCACCGGCUCUCCGUGAAGUUGAAUCUGGAGCGCCCGCCAAGUCGCCGUCACCACCCCCGUAUACUUCCCCAAGCCCAGACCAGCUAGCUAUCAAAUCGGAGGGAUCCCAAGUCCGGGAUAACGUCAGCGAGACCGAUGCAGAACCAACCGAAGCCCACGAAACAAUGCCGAUAGUCGUCAAAACCGUAGCAGACCAAUUGACCGAUGCGAGAGCCCAAAUCGCCGUUUUGACGAAGCAAUUGAAGGAUGGUGCCCAGCAGAAGAACUUAGGGGAGCUUGCAACGCAGGCCAAAGAGAAGGUUUCGGCCGGUGUUACCAACAUUGGGCGUACUAGCCAGGCUCCUGAAGGUGUCCCAGUGCAGUUAGCAGCUGCUCUAUGCCUUGCUGCUUUCUUGUUGGCUUACUUCUUUUUCUAA